CCUCAGUGAUCGGUGUGUGGAGGCAAUCCUAGAAGUGCCGGCUGUCCGGAGCUACAUGAGCUCGGGGUUUUUGCGCCCACGCCCAAUCUAUGUGGUUACGGGCGUACGCAUUGCCAGCAGCUCGUUCACUGUGACUGCCCGAGACGAUAGCAGUACCUCGGGCCAGGCUUCCGCCUCUGCGAGCGAUCCCACAGGUACCGUCCCUACCGCAGGGUUCGAGGCAGAAGUGCGAUCCGCAGGCACCAUCGUGAAUACGUAUGAGACUGCCCCCGACAUUGUUUUCGCAUACCGAGUGCAUAUAAUCCGCGACAAAGGCGACGGCAAAGUAGGCCAGAAGAUGUUUGCUCACAGGGCGGCCUUUAUGACGGGGACAGCCAGCGAUUCGGGUCUCGAGUACCUGGAGGUCAAUCCGCAAAUUCUUGAGGAAGAUAUCAACCGGCCAUUGGAGAAGGUCCAGGUGCACUUGAUUGGGGAUGACGAGGCUUGGGUAUCCGGUGGUUUCCGCCUUACCGAUCAUUGA